AUACACCUCCCCCGUAUCCAUAACCUUUUCUCAAUAUUGUCAGUAUGGGCGACCCACGGAUUAGCGACAAAGAGUUGGCGGCCAUAAAUGCUGCGGCCGUGACGAAGGAGUAUCGCGUUCAGCCCCAUCUGGACUAUCGCACCGUGUCUGCUAUCAAUGGACCCCUGGUCGUCUUAGACAAUGUCAAGUUCCCCUCCUACAACGAGAUUGUGCAGCUCACUCUUCCCGAUGGGUCAAAACGUGGUGGCCAAGUUCUCGAAGUACAAGGGAAGAAAGCCAUCGUCCAGGUCUUCGAAGGUACAUCCGGCGUCGAUGUGAAGGCAACGCAUGUCGAGUUCACCGGGAGCAGCAUGAAGUUGCCUGUCGCGGAGGACAUGCUGGGUCGUAUAUUCAACGGUUCUGGGAACCCUAUCGAUAACGGUCCGAAGGUGUUUGCGGAAGAUUACCUGGAUAUUAACGGCUCCCCAAUCAACCCCUACUCGCGUAUCUAUCCUGAGGAAAUGAUCCAGACGGGUAUCUCUACCAUCGACACCAUGAACUCUAUCGCGCGUGGACAGAAGAUUCCUAUUUUCUCUGCUGCUGGUCUUCCGCACAAUGAAAUUGCCGCACAAAUUGUGCGACAAGCAGGCCUUGUAAAGCGACCAACAAAGGAUGUGCACGAUGGCCACGAAGACAACUUCUCCGUCGUGUUCGCUGCCAUGGGUGUGAACAUGGAGACUGCACGGUUCUUCAAGCAAGACUUCGAAGAGAACGGCAGUCUGGACCGUGUUACGCUCUUCCUCAACUUGGCCAAUGAUCCUACGAUCGAACGUAUUAUUACACCUCGCCUUGCAUUGACCACGGCCGAGUACUACGCCUACCAGCUCGAGAAGCACGUAUUGGUCAUCUUGACGGACAUGUCGUCCUACGCUGACGCCCUGCGUGAGGUUUCUGCCGCUCGUGAGGAAGUGCCCGGACGUCGUGGAUACCCCGGUUACAUGUACACUGACUUGUCAACCAUCUACGAGCGUGCGGGGCGAGUCCAGGGCAGGAACGGUUCCAUCACCCAGAUCCCCAUCUUGACAAUGCCCAAUGACGACAUCACGCAUCCUAUCCCAGAUCUUACGGGUUAUAUCACGGAGGGCCAGAUCUUCGUCGACCGUCAGCUGCACAACAGGCAAAUCUACCCACCGAUCAACGUCUUGCCCUCGCUGUCGCGUCUCAUGAAGAGCGCUAUUGGUGAGAAACUCACCCGCAAGGACCACGGCGAUGUGUCCAACCAGCUCUACGCAAAAUACGCCAUCGGUCGUGAUGCUGCCUCGAUGAAGGCUGUCGUCGGUGAGGAGGCCUUGUCGCCCGAAGAUAAGCUAGCGCUCGAGUUCCUCGACAAGUUCGAGCGUCAAUUCGUCGGACAGGGUGCCUACGAGUCACGCACGAUCUUCGAGUCUUUGGACCUCGCGUGGAGCCUGCUGCGUAUCUUCCCCAAGGAACAACUCAACCGUAUUAACCCGAAGAUCAUCGCUGAGUUCUAUGCACGCAAGCCGACGAGGAAGCCGACCUCAGGCGCUGAGAAGGACGGGCAGGAGGACGGUAAGGCCGACGAGAAGUUGAUCGACGAUGCAUAGAGGGUGAAUAAAAUAUGGAAUAUGGCUUUCGGACGGAAGGAAAGACGAAGACUGUACGGGUGAUGGGUGUCGGUGCAGACGGAAGGACGGACUGUUUGAUGCAUGCACGAGAUACGUUGCGUUUCCACCAUAUAUAUUAGUGAAGUCACGCCUUUUAUUCUCCUCCCAAUCGAAACAUGACAUGAUAUCUUUUCCACC